AUGGCUGGUGAUGAACCAGGUUCAGGGGCCACAAUGGAUCCCAGCCAAGAGAAACGGGAGAUGGAGGCAGGACUGGGGAUGAUGGGCUGCCAAGAUGUAGAUGUAGCUGGUAUAGAAGAGGUAGAAGAACUGAUGAAUGCAUUGGAAAAGACAAGACAAGAACUAGAUUCUACCAAAGCCCGUCUUGCCUCGACACAGCAGUCUUUGGCUGAGAAGGAAGCACAUCUGGCUAACCUGAGAAUAGAGCGGAGAAAGCAACUUGAAGAAAUUCUAGAAAUGAAACAGGAAGCAUUGCUUGCUGCAAUUAGUGAAAAGGAUGCAAACAUUGCCUUGCUUGAACUGUCAGCUUCAAAGAAAAAGAAGACACAAGAGGAAGUAAUGGCUCUUAAAAGAGAGAAGGACAGAUUAGUACAUCAGUUAAAGCAGCAGACACAAAAUAGAAUGAAACUAAUGGCAGAUAACUAUGAUGAUGACCAUCACCACUACCACCAUCAUCACCACCAUCACCAUCACCGAUCUCCUGGGAGGCCACAACACUCCAACCACAGACCCUCUCCAGAUCAGAUGAUCCAGUCACUGUUGGAGGCACAUAGCCACGGCAAAAUCUCAUGCUGUACAUUGAUCACCUGUCCAACCUUUGCCUAGAGUGUGAUCCCCAGUUCCUUCAAGAGAUCCAUCUUUACCUGUCUAUAAAGAAGAAGAGGAGGAGGGAGACAUCUGGGAU